AUGGGCAGCGAGGCCUCAUUGGAGCCUGAGCGUGACGGCGUGUCAAGCGCAGAGUUGUACCAGCUGAUUCGUGGGUUGCAUCAGAGGGUCCUUCGUCUUGAGAAUCAAGUUGCGGGAUUGCUUGCGAACCACGGUGCCGACGUGAGUGACUCUGACAGUCAGCUUUCCGUCCUUGACAUUACUUGCAUUUGGGGCUCCCCGAAUACUCUGGCUACCCUCUGGGGCUUCUGUGACGCUCCAUCCAGGGCACGCCUGCUCCAGCUGUCAGGUGACAUAUCCUUCGAUCAGGGUCAUGCGGCCAUGGAUCGCGCACUGGACGCGGAUACUCCACCGCCCGUAGGGUUUCGGAUGGGGGACUGGUUUCGGGCUAGGAUUAGGUCUGCUAGGGCACCAUAUCAGCCUUCAGUGCACCAUGCAAUGUCUGUCUUGAGCGCUGCUGCAAUUGAUAUGCCGCUUCCUUGGGAAUCAGGUUCGUUAUCGGCUGUGCUUGGUGCAAGAGGGUUCCUUCCUUCGCCAAUUGUACCAUUGGUGGCGGAACAGGUUGGCGACCAGCCACAGGUGCGGGAAACGGCUCAACGAGUUAGAGCGUCCAAGGAGCCGUGGAAGGCUUCGGUGGUCCACUCUCGUGCCUGGGCGGAUGUGGAGGAUUUGUGGAAGCUCAUUGUACUGACUUCAGGUCGAGGGACCAAGGUUGGCCGGGAUCUUGUAAGGAUGCAGAGCGAAGGCUCUCCGGCAGCCGUGGUCGAGCAGUGCCUCCGUGAUGUGUUUUCGGCGAAGUCAACUUCCACCCUCCGGUCAAGGGCCUCCAGCUUGGCUCAGUUCUCCAGGUGGCGAGCAUCGGUAGGGCUCGACCCCGCUGUGUUCCCUCUGGAGGAGUCCGAUGCCUACCUUUAUCUCUGUUUCCUUAGGACUGAGGGGGCACCCCGUUCAAGGGCGUCCCGGUUCCGCGAAGCUGUCAACUUCUCUGGGGCAUUGCUCGGUGCAGAUGUCAGUGAGACUGCAACCUCGGCUAGGGUCCAAGGGGCUGCAAACCCGCAAACCCAGACGGUUGUAGUGCGCAAGAAGCGGCCACUGACAGUGGCCCAGGUCCGGGGCUUGGAGGAGUGCGUCCUCAGUUCUCCUAAUGAUUUGGCUGCAGUGCUUGCGGGAUUCGCUUUAUAUUGCCUUCAUGGCCGGUUGCGUUGGAGCGAUGCUCAACAUACUGAAGCCGAGCCUGUUCUGGACUUGCAUGAGGGAAAGGGCUUCUUGAAUGCACAGUUAUACCAUCAUAAGACUGCCAACCGUGGGUCGCUUGCUCGGCAUAGGCUGCUGCCAGUUGCAUGUGUCACUCCAGGCUUGGCCGAGGGAAAUUGGGCUGAGGCUUGGUUAGCUCGCAGGCGAAGGCUCAACCUUGUUGCAUCCCGCGGCACUCCCAUGAUGCCGAGACCGUUGUGCCAAGGAGGGUUCGAUGUUCUGCCUCUCGACCCUUCGCUGGGGGCACUGUGGCUUAGGGAAAUCCUAAAGGAGUGUGCGCCUUGUGGGGAUUCUUUUCCUUGGGGAGAGGUUGCCACGCACAGCUUAAAAGCUACCCUUUUGAGUUUUAUGGCAAAGGCAGCCGCGGCCGAGAACCUCAGGUCCAUUGCAGGGUACCAUAUGCGGGCAGCAAACUCUUCCACUCUUGAGUACUCCCGGGAUUCGAUGGCACCAUCUUUGCAUUUUCUUGAAGGCAUGUUCAUUGCUACCAAGGGUGGCAUUUUCUCUCCAGAUUCGACCAGGGCCGGACGGUGGACAGGGGCCAUCCGCUCCAUUGAGGAGGCCCUUCGUUUCUUGUCUGGGGUUCAGCCGAACCCCUCAGAUGAUCGCCCGCCGCCGGUGGAUGUGCCGGACAAUGUCACUGGGGAACAGUCGGACCCUGAGUCUGCGGCUGAGAGUAUCGGGACGGAGGGCGAGGCUGAUGAGGCCGUUGUUUCCGCUUACUUUCUGGGGGAGGAGUUGAGCGUCUCUGCGGAGGCCCGAGGUUUUGUAAAGUGCUUUAGGCAUCGUAUGAGUGGCGUUGUCCACGCGGCUCGGGAUGGCCAGCCUGCUGAUGAGGGCGAGAUGACGGUCUUCAGAUGCGGACGUUUUGCAAACCGUAAUUACGAAGAGCUGGAUGAAACUCCGGCGAUAAUUUUGCAGAAGUGCUCUUCUUGCUGGGGGGCAGGCGACUCGGGCCGGUGA